CCCCUCCAUUUCGCUCACCACAAGAAUCCAAAAUCACAGCAGAAGAGAGAGAGAAAGAAGAGCGAGAGAGAGAAAGAAGAGAGAGACCAUGGCUUCCGCCGUCGCUUGCAAGGGCAAGGACACCGCGCCGGCCAGACUCCUCAAGUCCGGUGCUCCCGUGACCUUCUGCUCGCUCGGCUCCCCCGCCGUCACCGCCGCCCGCCGCCCGUACAACACCCAGGCCAAGGAGGUCAGCCGCUACGACGACGACGACGACGACUACAGCGGUCGCGACCUCGUCAUCCCCAGCUUCUUCCCGCAGGACGUGCUCGACCCGCUCGGCGCGCCGACCAGCAUGGCCCGUCUGCUGUCUCUCAUGGAGGACGUCGCAACUCAGACCGGCGGCCUCUCCUCCACUGCUGGUGCUGGGGCGUCACGGCUCGGACGGUGGGUGGCCAAGGAGGACGACGACGCGGUGUACCUCAAGGUGCCGAUGCCGGGGCUGACCAAGGAGCACGUGAAGGUGCGCGCGGACAAGAACAUCCUGAUGAUCAAGGGCGAGGGCGAGAAGCAGCCCUGGGACGGCGACGACGACUCCAAGGUGCUGAGGUACAACCGCCGCAUCGAGAUGCCCGCUGCUGACGCGUACAAGAUGGACAAGAUCAAGGCCGAGAUGAAGAAUGGCGUGCUCUGGGUCACCCUGCUCAAGGUCAAGGAGGAGGAGCGCAAGGACGUCUUCCACGUCAAGGUCGAGUAGAUAGUGCCGUCGUGGUAGUGCUCAUGGAGGAUGGCCGGCGCGGGAGUUUGAGAGACGCCUUGUUGAUGUGGUCAUGUUUGGUGUCUUUCUUUCUUGUUUUGCUUCGUUGAUCGUCUUGGAUCAAGUAGGUAGUGGUCUGGUGGUGAACUUGGUCGCGAACUCUGUUAAUUUCCUCUAGUUCGGCAUAUGAUGAACUUGCUUUGGUGGUGAAAUUGGUCAUGAAAUUCUGUUUAUUUCCUCAAAUUUGGCAUAUGACGAACUGAUUUGGUGCUGAAAUUGGUCAUGAACUUUAUUGAUUGCUCAAGUUUGGCCUGA